AUGUCGCGCCGGGGCUUCACGCCAGUUGCGCUGUCGCCAGCGGCGGGUCUCGUUGCGCUGCUGCUCGUCGCAGCGGCAGCUGGCGGAGUGCGCGGAUCAAGCGGGAAUGCGGCGCUACCCCGCAAGCUGGCCGCGGGCGGAAGCGGAAACAGUAAUGCCGCGGCGGACCCCGCCGCGGCGGAGCUAGUGAAGAAUUCCGCCCAUGCUUCCGGCGCGGAAGGGGACGGGCUUGUAGUGAAGGAUUCCGCGCCUUCCGCCAGCGGUGAGGCGGAGGCGGAGGCGCAGAUUCCGCCGCUGCAGCUGAUAAUUGCGGAAGAAGGGCGCGCGGAGGGCGCAGUGUGCUUGGACGGAUCGGCCCCUGGGUUCUACUAUCGGAAGGGCUACGGCUUGGGACGCAACAACUGGGUGCUGUUCUUCGAGGGCGGCGCGUGGUGCGCGACUCCCCACGGCUGCGCGUACAGGGCGCACACGCGCCUGGGGUCGACGGACCACGCGCUUUCAGUGGCGGAAAUGGUGAAUGUGCAGAGCGGCAGCAUGAACGGCAUGCUCAGUGCCAAUAAGACCGUCAACCCUGGCUUCUACAACUGGAACGCCGUCUAUUUCAUCUACUGCGAUGGCGGCUCCUUCUCAGGCCACCAAGACGAGCCCGUUCUCUUCAAUGUCAGUCAGCUGCCCCUCUGCCUCUCCGCCUCUCCGCCUCUCCCUAUCCCCCUCUUUACAUCUCCGCCUCUCUCUCUCUCCCCCUCUCCGCCUUUCCGCCUGCUAAACCCUCUCCCUAAUUCUUUUUCGCAUUCCCUCUCUCUCCGCCUCGCCACCUCUCCGCUUCUGGCCGUGCUGUUUCUUCCUUCUCAUUCCCCCCUCCCCGAGUCCACCUCCCUCCCAACCCAAGGCAUUCCCCACCCCAGGCAUUCCGCUGUACGUGCGGGGAAGGCGAGUGGCGGACCUGCUGCUGAAGCACCUCGUGGAGAAGAAGGGGCUUGGCCACGCGGAGAAGGUGAGCGUGCUGCUCUCCUGCCAGCUCACCUGCCUGCUCACCUGCCUGCUCACCUGCCUGCUCACCUGCCUGCUCUCCUGCCUGCUCUCUUGCCUGCUCUCCUGCCUGCUCACCUGCCUGUAGCGCAGCGAUCAGCUGAGGCCGACUCUGUCCUUCCUUCAUGGCAGGAAUUGUGUUGUGUGGUGGUGUCGGGGUCCUCAGCGGGAGGGGUGGCGGCGCUGCUGCACUGCGAUCGAGUGAGGGACACUCUCACAGCCGCCUCUCCCUCCAUGCACGUCCGCUGCCUUGCUGAUGCCUCCAUGUUCCUCGACGUACCAGAUGUCAACAACACCAGAAGGGUUGCCAAUUUCUUUGCUGAAGUGCACGACAUGCAUAAUCUGACUGGCAACCUUCCGCCAGCAUGUCUCAAGGAGCGAGAGCCAGAGAAACACCAUGAGGUGCGCGGCGCGUGCCAAGCCAAUGCUGCCUUGCACGCACUGAGUCUGCCAUCCCACCUCGCAUGCUCUCUUCUCUUCCACGCCAUGCCAUCCCACCUCGCGUGCUCUCUUCUCUUCCACGCCAUGCCAUCCCACCUCGCGUGCUCUCUUCUCUUCCACGCCAUGCCAUCCCGCCAUUGCCUUGCCCUUAUCACCGCUCUUCACUCCUCUUCAAUCCUCUUCACCAUUGCCAGAUUCCGGCCCACUCUUCCCUCCUCACCAAUACAGUGUUUCAUGGCCAAUCAACUGCUGAAAUACGUCUCCACGCCUCUCUUCCUCAUUAACAGCAAUUAUGACAAGAUAGCGAUGAGGGCCAUUGCAGCACCGCAGGUGUUGGAUUCGGGAACAAGGGCCCCUCCAGACUGCUUCAACCACCUCAGCAAGUGCACCGCUGCUGAGAAUCGAGUUAUCGAGGACUACCGCAAGGCAGUGGCAUCAGCAGCGGCUCCUCUCCUCCACACCGACCCACCAUCAUCCACCACUUCAUCACCAUCUCAACCGCACUCCACACCUGCCAACGCCGUCUUCCUCUUCUCCUGCUUCCAGCAUGGCUCCAUUCACUUUGACAUGCCGUGGACUGUGCGCACGGCGAAAGGGGUGGUGAGUUACCAGCUAGGUUGCAUGUAA